GACUUCUGCAGACACAAAAGCCUGAUGGUGCUGCCAUAAGUAACAGAAAACAACAGAGACACUAAACAAGUAGUUUUGAGUCUGAUCUGUAACCAUGAGACCAGACCAGCUGUAGGAGACGGGGGAACCGAUGCAAGUUUAUCAUCAGCUCUGCAUCUGACAGAAGCAGGAUUGGACUGGUGGAGAAAGGGAAGAAGACAGGCUUUGGUGGUGCUUAUCAAGAAGAUAAACUACAUCAAUGAAGACACCUGGCAUGGCGGUAUUCAAGCAACAGAAUGUGGAUGAUUUCUAUGAAAUUGGAGAAACACUAGGAAGUGGGCAGUUUGCAAUUGUCAAACGCUGUAUAGAGAAGAGUACAGGCACUGAAUAUGCAGCCAAGUUCAUCAAGAAGCGGCAGAGUCGGGCCAGCAGACGUGGUGUAAGAAGAGAGGAGAUCGAGAGGGAAGUGGACAUCCUGCAGCAGCUUCAGCACUCCAACAUUGUAGCACUACAUGAUGUGUACGAGAACCGCACAGAUGUGGUGCUUAUCCUCGAACUGGUGUCUGGAGGAGAGCUGUUUGAUUUCUUGGCUCAGAAGGAAUCUCUCAGUGAAGAGGAGGCCACUCAGUUUAUCAAACAGAUCCUAGAUGGAGUCCAAUACCUCCACUCCAAGGGGAUCACACAUUUUGAUCUGAAGCCUGAAAAUAUAAUGCUGCUGGACAGGAAUGUUCCUCUACCUCGCAUCAAACUCAUAGACUUUGGACUGGCUCACAAAAUAGAAGCUGGGGCAGAUUUCAAAAACAUUUUUGGAACCCCUGAAUUUGUUGCUCCAGAGAUAGUCAACUAUGAGCCACUGGGAUUGGAGGCAGACAUGUGGAGCAUUGGAGUCAUCACAUAUAUUCUUUUGAGUGGCGCGUCACCUUUCCUCGGUGACACGAAGCAGGAAACGCUGGGAAACAUCUCGGCGAUGAACUAUGAGUUCGACGAAGAGCUCUUCCGCAAUACAAGCGAGUUGGCCAAGAGCUUCAUCAGAGAGCUCCUGGUGAAGGACACAAGAAAACGGAUGACCAUACAAGACGCCCUCAACCAUCCUUGGAUUAAGUCCUGUGACCACAUGGAAGAGGAUAGCGCUGCCCCUGAGGCAGAGAAGAAAGCCGAGCAGCUAAAGACAAAGCGUCUAAAGGAGUACACCAUCCAGUCCCACUCCAGUGUGCCCCAGAACAACACAUAUGCCAACGUUGAGCGGUUUGCCCAUGUGGUGGAGGACGUCAGUCUGAUGGAGACGGGGCUGUCAGAGGUGGCAGGAGCCCACCACACUCUGCAGGUUGAUGUAGAAGCACUGCUCUCCAUCUACAACGACAAGGAGGCCUGGUACAAGGAGGAGAGCGAGGCUGUGAGGAAGCAGCUGUCGCAGGUUCGCUAUGAUUUCCGUAAAGUAGAGGCCACAAGGAGGCUGCUGCAGGAGGAUGUGAAGGCUAUAGAUGCCACUCUGGAGAGCAUCAGUGGGAAGUACAGCCAGAGGCAGAGUCAGUUGGACGCUCUGAGGCAGGAGCUGAACUCUGAGCUGCAGUGGCUGCAGGAGGUGAUGAGCUCUCUGCAUCCGGAAGGAGGCAACGGCAGCAUUCACAACAGCAGUCUGAAUACGGACGUGAAGCAGGCGCUGAUGGAGCUGCUGCAUCAGUCCUGCAGGAGGGAUCUGUGCGCCGAGGCUAAACAGCCACUCACAGAGUCUGGCUAACAUACACAAAUGGAGACACUUUUAUUGACCUUAAAAUGCUAAACAUGUUUUUGAAAAUGAGGCUGUUUGAAUUCAACACAUACAUUUUUUUCAGCAACACAAACCUUUGAAUGUAUAGCUGUGUAGUCUUUGCAUUUCUACUUUUCUUCUUUUCUUGUGUGAACUCUGUAGUACGAUUAUUUUCAGUUAAAGUAAUAGUAGGAAUAGGAAUUUGGGGAAAUGCGUUUAUUCACAUUCUUACAGAAAGCUCGAUGAUAUUAACUAUCAUAUUUAACAGAAAGAUACGAGAGUGGUGCCGAUCUCAUCUAACUCUGGGCAAGAAAGGAAAUAAGCAUAUUUCCCAAAAUGUCGGACUAUUCCUUUAAGUCACGUAAUUAUGGCACAAUAGUAGGAAUUAAAGUGAUAUUAACAAACGUUUAAACUAGAUUUAUUAUUGUUACUCCUGUUUGAUUAAGUGGGUUUGGUAGCUUUUUAUUUUGACAAGUAAUGAUAAUGAUGAAAAAUACUGUUUGUGAAUGUUUUUACUGUGUUAUGACCAGACACAGGAUGAAAAAUAAUUAUUUUCAAUGGAAUGUAUAAGAAGUUCACUUUUGUUGAUUUAUUUAUUUUUUCAUUUCAUUCUAUUUUUUUUAGACUGUAUAUUGAUGUUUUUCUUCAAUGGUUAUCCAUUUGUAAAGUUACAUGUGUAGUCAUAAAUUAUUUUUUGUUUCAGAUUAUUUUUCAUAGAUUUAAAUAUGCACUUUUACUAAAGGUUGAAUUUAUUUAUUUAUUUUAAAAACGUUUUUUUAUUUCUUGGAGAUGUUCUAUGAGCUGACAGGAAAAACAACAUCUAUGAUAAGAUCAUGUGUUUAAAAAUGUGUCGCCUUCUUAUCAGUGUUUUUAGCAUCUCAACAGAUAGACGCCUCAUGCACUUGCUGUGCACGCUGACAUUUUCACUGUUGUCUAAACACUGAAAUAAAGGUUCAUCAUUUAUUAUGUA